AUGUGCCGCGGUCCCCAUCGCUACCCCCUCCUUCCACGUCAUACUCAUAUUCCCCCCAUCCCUCCCUCUCAUCCCCCCCCCCGUCCUGCUGCAGGGCCGCCCCCCGGGCGCAUGGCCGAGCCCGCGGCGGACGCCGCGGCGGCCGCGCCCCAAGCGGGCGUGGCCGCUCAGGGCGGUGGGGCCGCCGAGGCGCAGCUCGCGGCGGGCGACCGCGUGCGGGUGGCAGGCAUGGUCGCGGGACCACUGGCGCGGCUGAACGGGCAUGUGGGCACCCUGCUCGAGCUGAAGCCCCACGGUUGGCACGUGCGGCUGGACGGCAGGGGCAAAUGGCUCGUGCAGGCUGCAUUCCUGGAGCGCCCGCCUGGCCCGCGGGUGGACCUCCGCGGCUGCAGCUCGGCGGGUGUGGUGGGCACCUGGGACGGUUGGAGGGAGGCGCGC